AUGGCCAACACCUCGCUACAUUCCCAGUCCGAGUCCCGCUUUAUCUGCCGUCUGCCUAGAGAAGUGCGUGAUGCAGUUUAUCUUGAAUUAUGGCGCUCUUGCGGCCUUCGCCAGCACAUCAUUUGGCACGAAGACAAGCACGACCGAAGUAGCGCACACUUCUGUCGCUGGGAAUGCACAACGCCAUUUACCGUCGAGGACAAGCUCCAAGAUGAUAUUGAUUUGAUAAGAGUUCGCCUUGGGACUCCCGAGGGAGAAUGCUUCGCCGACAAAACCCAUGCACUGAGGCUCUUUUCUGCCUGGAAGAACCACUGGGCAUGUGGCCAACGUAUUGGCGAGGUGUACGGCGAUGAUAUGGACCCCGGUGUUUCGUUGUCAAGCUCUCGUAGUCCUUGUUGGAGUAGUCGCAAUAUGAAUGUCAACGCGGGAGUCCCAAUCGUGAAAAGCCCGUACCUUGGCAUACUGCUGUCAUGCAAGGCAAUAUCCUCAGAAUGUUUAAAGUCUAUUUACGAGUCAACGACUUUCAUAUUCACAGACACAUUCGCAUUAAACAUGUUUGUUGGGUUCUGCAAAGUGCCGCCAGCAAAUCAAGCGAGGGCUAAGAUGGGCGUUCCACCGCCAGCAUUUCACACUUAUGUGGAGCAAGAACGUCACUGUUCUCUGGACUUCCACGGGCUACGACUUGACCUUUUGGAGAACCUCACGACAGUCGAUAUUUGGGUAGCUGCUCGCUGCACACAUCUAAUCGUUGAUAGGGACGGAGAGAAUCUUGACCCCAAGCCUUACGAUAUCACAACGCUAAACGUUUGGAAACUGAAACAAGCCUUGUCACACUUAGGCCUUGAGAAGAAUAUUACCAUCAGCACCCCUCUGAGUGAAUGUGUUGAGCCACAGGACGGCUACAUCGAACAUGACGAGCUUUACCCAGGCCUGAGAAUAUGGCGGCGAGGUACAGGAUAUCUUUAUCAUCCAGCGUUAUACCCAAUUAUCAACAAAGAGAUGCUCAGCAGUAAUAUUUACCUGAGCGAAAAACGAGAAUUGGGGUUCAGUCGCAACCCGCAAUGGGCACAGUUGUCCAAGGACACAUCAAUCUCGUGGGCGUAUAACUGGCCUUGUGGCAGCUUUGCUGUCAAAGGCAAAAUGGGGUAG